GUAUAACAUAUUCAUAGAGGAACGGAUGAGUAGAGAGAGGUCUCUCUCUCUCCCCCCUAUCAUUUCUCUCUCGUCAAAGGAAGGAAGGAUGGAUGGAUGGCAAUGGCAAAGAAUUUAAUUUCUGAGUUUUCACACUGUAAUGAGUGUAUUCAUUCAAAAACCUAACUUACUAGUAUUAAAUGCAGCAGCUGGAACACCCACCCACCUUCCCUCCCCCCUCUUCUCUCUCUCUCUUUCUCAACCUCAAUCCAAAAAAAAAGAAAAACAACCUAAUUCCCUGUCUGCCCCUGUAAUGGAAGCUCCAGCUUCAGCUGCAGCUCCAGCUCCAGCUCCAGCUCCUCCAUUGAUACUCUCCUCUCCUCCCUCCAAUGUCCACCCCUGCGGCCGCCGCCGCCACCACCUCUUCCUCCUCCUCCUCCUCCACGACCAGCUACCUCACCAACCUCGGCCUCGGCUACUCCAUCGCCAUCGCCCUCGGCUUCCUCGUCCUCCUUUCAUCCGUCCUCCUCGCCUCCUACAUCUGCUGCCGCCGCCGCCGCCUCCUCCGCCCCCCAGCCCCUGACCCCUCCAACUCCAUCCCCAGCCCCUCCGACGGCAUCAUCCUCCCCCGCAUCAUCUUCGUCGCGGAGGAUGACCCGGACGACCUCGAGGCCGGGAUGGACCACCAGAACGCCGUCGUGGGCCUUGACCAGGCGGUGAUAAACUCGUACCCGAAGUACGCCUUCGCGAGGGAGGCCGCCAGCCCCGGCGGCGCCACCACCUGCUCGAUCUGCCUCUGCGAGUACAAGGACUCGGAGAUGCUGAGGGUGAUGCCGGAGUGCCGACACUUCUUCCACCUCGUCUGCCUCGACGCCUGGCUCAAGCUCAACGGCUCCUGCCCCGUCUGCCGGAACUCCCCUCUCCCCACCCCGCUGUCCACCCCGCUGUCGGAGGUGGUCCCACUCUCCCAGUACGGAGAUGACCGCCGCAGGAGGCGGUGAUAUAUCGUAGGUUCUUGUCAGUGGCCGACAAUUCCUUUUUCUUUUUGCCCGCUCGCUCUUUUUUUCCUUUUUCUUCGAAAUUCUUUUUCGUGGUGGGUCUGAAAGUGUAAAUUCUUGGAUUUAGAUUUGUUAGAAAUUAGAAAUUAUUGAGCAAAAAAAUUUCUUCUUUUCUCUUUUUCCUAUUGAAAUUUUUGACGAUUAAUUGAGUAAAAUUGUUGCCGAACCUUGACGA